UGACUCCUCUCUCCCAAGAAAAUUCUCUCCUUUUCUCUUCUCUCUCUCUCUCUCUCUCUCUCUCUAUCUGGGUUUUUGGUGAGGAGAUGGGGAGGCGGAGGGGGGCGAGAGGGCCGGUGAACGUUAUGUUCGGAUGGGUCCGGCGGCAGUCGGUGAGGGUGAAGGUGUUUCUCGGCGCGGUGGCGGCCAUCCUGGCCCUUGUGACCUUGAAAAAACUCGUCCGUAACUACAACCAUUUCUUCAUCGCCGCCGAGGCCGUCCACGCCGCCGGCAUCCUGGUCCUCAUCUACAAGCUCACCACCAAAAAGACCUGCUCUGGUCUUUCAUUGAAAUCGCAAGAGUUAACUGCGACAUUCCUAGCUGUACGGCUAUAUUGCAGUUUCGUCAUUGAAAUGGACAUUCAUACAGUUCUUGAUUUUGCAACACUUGUCCCAACUCUUUGGGUUAUAUAUAUGAUACGAUUUAGACUGAAGUCAAGCUACAUUAAAGAAUUAGACAGCAUGCCAAGAUAUUAUUUGGUGGUUCCUUGUGCUGUGCUAGCAAUUCUCGUCCAUCCCUGGCUCCACGAAUUCCAAUUCAAUAGAAUUUGUUGGGCCUUCUGUGUGUAUUUGGAAUCUGUAUCAGUGCUUCCUCAGCUCAGGCUAAUGCAAAAUGCUAAGAUGGUUGAACCCUUCACAGCUCAUUAUGUAUUUGCUUUGGGAGUUUCAAGAUUCUUGGGCUGUGCAUAUUGGAUAAUUCAGGUGACUUUUUUCAACUUUCAAUUUGUUGCUAUUCAAUUCAAUAUUGAUGUCCAUAAGACGCAGCCUACAACACUUAAAUAUGUCAUGGAAGUAGUGUAGAUUAAAUCACUUUUG